AUGUUACCUAGUGCACGAGCAGUUUUCUCUGUAGUGUGCGCUUUCCAGUUUGCCUCGGUGGCCCUUCUGAUCAUAGCCUGUGUAACGGCUCCGACAUUUCGACAGAUAGGAUUGUCUAAACAUGCUGGAACUACCUAUGGUGUAUUCGGUUACUGUCAGGAUAACGACGGAUGUUCUAAAGCAUCUGCGUUCUACAGGCCAUUCGAAGUUGGUUCUAGUGAUGAGGGCGAUUGGACGAUUUCCCAUAAUGGUAGGGGAACUCUGGGUAAGAUCCUGAUUGUUACUCCAAUUGCAGCAGGUUUGACAUUCCUCGGAUUUUUGUCUACUGUGAUCUCGUUUGUUGGAGCUUUGGUUAGUGGUUCUACUAAUGCCUUUUUGUUCGCUUUGAACUUGACUAUGACAGUGAUUGGGUUCUUAGCUUCUGCAUUGGUUUGCGUGAUUGUUUUCCUACUAUUUUAUCCAAACGUUACUUGGUGUUCUUGGAAUUUGAUACCAGCAGCUGCAUUGCUGCUUAUUACUAUUCCAUUGGUGUUCGUUGCUCAUUCUUCUGCGCGUAGCAGCGACGAAGAGGAUGAAGAGCUAGAUGACGAUUUGACUGGUAUUAUUCAACACGACGAGGCCGAUGAAUUUGUUUUUGAGUCUCCAAAGGAUGCAGGUUUCUAUAAAGAAGUUAGUAACCCAUCUGGUUCACUAUCGGAAAAGCCAUUGAUGAAUGAUCCCUACACAAAUUAUGAAUCUAAGAAGGAGGAAUCUGUGGUUAAGAUCAGUAGCGGAACUACAGAUCAGUCGACAAGUCAUGACCUCAAUGAUUUUGAGCAAGAGAGUAAUUCGCAUACUGCGUUCUCUGCGAUCAAUGAUAAUAACAAUAACCCUACACUUACUCGUCCGGGAGUGUCAUUGUCGAUGGCUUCUUCUGAGUACUCAAGUAAUUAUGCGCAAAAUCAAUUCGGAAAGGCUCCUCGUGGUGUCUUAGAAGAUAUAAUUAAGGAUUCGAUUUCAAAGGAUGACCUUCCAGAGUCUCAUAUACAGACGGUGAGCGAUAACGGAUCGGACUUCACUUCCAUUUCCCAAAGGGCGACUCGUCAACAGGCUAUGCCACCACUACAUCAACAACAUCAACAUCAACAGCAACAGAGGGCGUAUCCAACUGUCAGGUCUGCUGGUCCAGAUCCAACCGAGAUGCUUUUGCAGAAUAAUCCAAAUUUCCUCCAUACAAAUGCAAGAAGAAUGCAGCCACAACAACCAUACUAUCCACAACAAUAUCCACCACGGGCACCAAACCAUUAUGGAGGCAACCAACCUCCUGUACAACCAAUGAGCCAAGGUGGUUUCUCUUCCACUCAUUAUAAACCUGCGUACAAGAAGAAGGUCGGUGCAAGAAAUAACAUGAUUCCACCAGCUUCUGCUAUCACGGAUGGGAACCCUUAUCAGUUUAGAUAG